AUGAAGGUGGAAGACUUGCCUCUUUUAGAUAUAAGAGGGCAAAAUAUGGAUGAUGAGCAACGCUCGAAUGUAUUUGUGCGGAAAAGUAGAACUCCAGUAGGGGUUCUUUCGCAUAUGGAGGACCAACAUCACAUCACCUCAGUUUCCAGUUACGAGAGUUCAUCAUAUGAACCGAUUUCGAGUGGCGUUAAAGGUAUAAUAAGAAAGACUAUGGCUCUUGUUUCAGGAGUCAAGGUAAAUUAUAAGCGGGAGGGCGAUGUAGGACCGUUGACCUAUGCGCAAUCAUAUCGGUCAAAUAAAGACAGCAGUGCUUGUGAUACUGCAAAUGAGGAUGCAUUAGUUCCGACAAGCCCAAAUCGGUUGUUUCCCAUGGGUUCAAUAAUAGAAAUGGAUCUAACGAAAGUUUCAAGGAAAAAAAGAGUGCAAUACAAGUUUGUCAUCAAGGAUGGGUUUAUUGUGUGGAAAAACAAGAAAAGCUUAGAGUUGGAUAUGAUACAGGAUAUUCGUGUAGGAGAAUCGGCAGCCAAUUAUCGAGAGGGUUAUGGUAUUUCAGACUCGUUCGCAGAAAGAUGGAUAACAAUAAUCUACUUAGAUUUUCCAAAUAAGCUGAAAACGUUGCAUUUGAUUGCUCGGACAGUAAAGGAAUGCACUAAGUUUUACAUGAUUGUAAAGGGUCUAGUGAGGCAGAGACAGGAGCUGAUGGAAAGUAUAUCUGUGCCAAGUAAUGAGCAGUUUGCAAAUAUUCAUUGGCAGGCAAACGUCUCUGCCAAAAAAGAGGACGAAGACAAAGAUACGCUAUCAUUAGAUGAUGUGAAGAAUUUAUGCCACAAGUUUCAUAUAUAUUGUUCUCCAACAUAUUUAGAACGGUUUUUUAAACUUGCAGACAUUAAUCGCAAUGGUUUAUUGAAUUUGAAAGAAUUUCAGCUAUUCAUCAAAUUAUUAACAAGACGAAAUGACAUUACUGAAAUAUGGCGUGACAUAUCUAAGCCUGGGAGUGUGCUUGACUUUGAAAAAUUCUACAAUUUUUUGAUCGACAUACAAGGGGAGUCUAUUAGCAGACAUUUGACAGAAAAAAUCUUUGAGAAGUACUCAAUUGAUGGUAUAAUGGAUGAAGAUUUACUUCUAAAAUUUCUAUCCUCUCAGCGAUAUCUUAAGGAAGUCAAGGAGGAUUACACAAGACCCCUAAAUGAAUAUUUUAUAUCUUCGUCCCAUAACACUUAUAUUUUAGGAAAUCAGGUUGGGGGUAUGGCUAGUGUUGAAGGAUACAUUCAGGCACUACAAAAAGGUUGUCGUUCUUUGGAAAUAGAUAUAUGGGAUGGAGAUGACGGUCCCGUGGUAUGCCAUGGUAAGUUAACAUCAUCCAUUCCUCUAAGAAACGUUAUUGAGGUAAUCAGAAAGUAUGCUUUUAUUACCUCCCCAUAUCCUUUAGUUCUUUCUUUGGAAAUCCACUGUCGCUCUGAAGGUCAGUUCCUAAUAGCUAGGCUGUUUGAAGAACUAUUGGGAUCACUAUUAUAUAUGGGCAAUUCCUUUGGUGCAUUACCUAGCCCCAUGGAGUUAAAACAUAAAAUCCUUCUCAAAAGCAAAAAGCCGAAAUGGAACUUAGAUACAGUAACUUCGGACAGUCCAAGUCAUUCAGCAUCCUCUAAAAGUUCAUGUGAAUCUGAAUAUGACACAUCAUUUAGUUCAAGUCCUUACUGGAAAAGGAGACAGCCCAUACCGGGCAUAAGCUUCACCAAAAAGAAAGUUUGCGUGAUAGAUGCAAUUUUAAAACUUUCAGCAGUUCAUGGAAUACAAUUUCGCAACUUUUCUCUCCCAGAAUCUAAAACCCCAACUCAUUGUUUUUCUUUGAGCGAGAGAAAGUUUGAUAAUCUUUGCAAAGAUGAGAACCAAAGAUUAGCAAUUGAUAAACAUAACCGACGGCAUUUAAUGAGGACUUAUCCUCAUGCACUUCGAUACAAAUCAUCUAAUUUUGAUCCUAUAAAAUGCUGGAAAGUUGGUGUCCAAAUGGUAGCAACUAAUUGGCAAACUUAUGACCUUGGACAGCAAGUAAAUCAAGCAAUGUUUGGAAGUUUUGACCAUAAAGAGUUUCCGUGGCACCCAGGAUAUGUCCGCAAACCGGAUUAUUUACUAAAGCAAGUUUCAAAGACUAAGGACCUUUUAAAAAUAUAUGAAUCCGCGACUUCCAAAAUUAGUAUUACAAUAGAUAUAAUAUCCGCACAAUUAUUACCAAAAUUAAAAAGCAUCAACAAGGAUACCGGGAUUACAUUUGCACCUUUCGUCGUUACAGACAUAAUCGGCGAUGGUCUAAUAGGGUCUAUAAAAGUGAACCAAAAUGGCCAUACUGCAACAUUUACACAAGGCUUGACCAAGCCAUGCAAGGAUGUUGGGUUUAAUCCUGUAUGGAAAACAACUAUAACCGCGGUCCUCCAGAAUACAAGCUUCAAUUUUAUCAGAUUUACUGUUAAAAAUGGUGAUCUAAACCUUGGUACAUGUUGCAUAAGAUUAAAUUACUUAAAGAAGGGCUACAGGAAUAUCCCCCUAUACAGUAUGACAGGAGAAAAGUUCAUAUUUUCUACCCUUUUCAUCAAAUACAACUAUAGCAUUACUGAGCCAAAUAUAUAA